AUGCGAGACGUCAAGAACCUCAUAUGCAAGGAGUUGGAACUGCACGGGCUCAUGGACGAUGACUAUGGCAUGGAGCUGCUGGUGGGAGGCCAGAUUUGCUCCCUGGGGCUGUCCGUAUGGGCAGUGUACGAGCAAGUGUGGAAGCAGAGGGGGGCAAUGAGCGUUACCUUCAGGUUGCAGGGCUUGGACGGAGAGGCGACAGAGCCGAUAGUGAAGGAGCUGGAGGAGGGCGGAGAGGAAGCUACUGACCCCGAAAAGGAGUUCGCUGCUGCUGCUGCUCUCGUGCCUGUCAGCUCUGAUGGGGAGAGAACGCGACGUUUGAAGGGUGAGCAGCAAGAGAGGGCUGUGGCCAAUGGAGGAGCAGACGGAAAGGAGAGCGAGCCAAUGGCCCCAGGGGAUGACGUCACGGGUGAGGAGGGGAGUGAAAUAGGCAGCCCAGACGGUUUGCUGCUGCUGCUGUGGCUGUUAGAGGAGGUGGCAGAUGAGGAGUUAGCGAGUGGGGAGGAUGACGUGGCAGACCUCCUGAAGCUGCUGCACACCGCGUGCUUGCUGCGGACCAAUCGCGUGCAUCUGCUGCGCUCCCACGCGCUGCCACGUCUGCUCGACCGCGCCACGCGUGCAGCGCUGUACGCGCACGGUGUUGCCACGUCAGCACCUGGGGGAGGGGCGGCUGGGGUGGCUGCUGCUGCUGUUGCUGCUUCCCAGGCCUCGCUGGCAGGUUCGGCAGAGGUUGCAGCUGACACCUUGCUUCGGAUUGUGGAUCUGCUGAUGGUGGAAGGUGGUGAGGGUGGCGGCAUGGGGGGCGAAAGCGGUGUGGGCACUGCAACAGCAGAGAAGGAAGAAUAUAGCCAAGAUGAGAAGGAUGAGAAGUAUGAAGGAUCGGGGCGGGGAGAAGAAGCAGUGAGAGUUUUCCUCGAGAAGCUUACUGCUGCAUCGCUCUCCCAGGCUGCUUCUGGGGUAGGCUUAUCUGGCCCAGGCGCGUUUACAGUUGGAGGGGCAGGGGGAGGUGGUGGAGGAGGAGCAGGAGGAGGAGCGGGUGGAGGGAAGAAGAAGAAGAGGGAUUUUUCGGAGAGUGUGGCUCGGAUUUUGCCGUAUAUGACGUAUGGGGAGGGCAGGGCUAUGGGGGUUCUGGUGGAUCAUUUUUGCCCCCUGCUGCUGGAUUGGGCUGGGUUUGAUCGGUUGGUGGGGGAGUUGAGAGGGGUGGAGAAGGAUGGGGAGGGGUUGGAGGUUGUGACAGAAAGAGGGGGUGGGGAGGGAGGGAGGGGGGAGAGUGCUGGGAAAGAGGAGGAAGAGGGGAAGGGAGGGGAGGAGGUGGGUAAGGAGGGGCAGGGGAGUGGUGGAGGUGGGGAGGGAGAGAGUGGGAAGGAGGAGAGUGAAGAGGAGAGUGAGGAGGAGAGGAGGAGGAAGGCAGUGCACUGGUGGCAGAUGGCGGGGCAUUUCGAGCGGCUGGUGGGAGCAAUCAGGCUGGACGGCAGUGGGCUGAGGCUGCGCGCCCUCAUCCUGGAGAGAGGCAUUCUGCAAGCUGCUGUGAGCCAUCUGCUCGCCUCCUUCCCCCCCGCGGCCCUCUCCCCUGCCUCCGACCUCUCUGACCUCCGCCCCCUCCCCGCCUGGCAACGCGCGCUCGCCCUGCCCUCCCUGCCCCUGCUCCUGGGUCUGCUGCUUGGCCUGUGCCGCGGCCAUCCCCCCACACAACGAGUCCUGCUGAGCACCGGUGGGGGGAAGGGGGUGGCGGACUCUGGUGGUGGAGAGGAGGUGGAAACGGGUGGGGAGGAGGGGAGGGUGGGCGGGGAGAAGGUGGAGCAGGGUGCGGAAAACGGGGUGGGGGGGGCAGAGAAGGGGGUGUUACCACUGCUGCUGCUGCUGGAGGGGGUGGUGGGGUAUGAUGGGCUGGGAGCGAGGGCUGAAGCUCUUCUAGAGUUGCUGAGCGGUGGAGAGGAGUCGGGAGAGGUUGGCGAGCAAGGGGAGGGAGGGAAGGAGGAGGGGAGAGGAGAUGGGGUGGAUGAGGAGGUUCGGUUGGCAGUGGCGGCUCUAAGGGCAGCAGCAAAGGAGAGGAGGAGAGAGAAGGCAAUGCGACGACGCAUGGAGCUGAUGAAGGUGAGUGAGGGAGUGAGGGAGGGAGUGAGUGAGCGAGUGAGUGAGGAGGGAGGGAGUGAAGGGGGGAAGAAUCUCCCUCUCUUCCUGAUCGAACUCCCUCCCAUCCCCUCGCCCUCCUCCCUUUCCCCCCGCUGCCCCCUCUCUCUUCCCUUUGUUAUCAUCAAAUCUCAAAGCAUGGGUUCAGAUCCCAGCUGGCAGUUAUUGAUUAGCAUGGGGGUUAAAUCCCAGCUGGCUCCUACUGGGGCCCACCGCAUCGUGCUGACAUCAGCAAAACCGUCGGUAUCUGGGGAAGGCGCAGCCAGUGCAGGCCCCACUUCCGCAGUUGGUGUAGGCAGGUCCGGGGAUGAGGAGGAGGAAGAGGAAGAGGCAGGGGAGGAGCGAAAGGAAAAGGGAGAGGAGGGAGAGGAAGAGGAGGAGGAGGAGGCUAGUGGCGCAGAUGCCUCUGCUGCUGCUGCUCUGCUCUCCACUGCUUUCCCUUUCAACGACGCACAAGGUCUGCUGCUGAGCCGCCCCAUCGCGCUGCCUCCUGCCAUGCGUGCGCUGCGCUGCAUGGUGUGCCACGAGGGGUACCGGCUGCGUCCCAACGAGCUGAUCGGAGCCUACACCUUCUCCAGACGCUUCUCCGACCUCUCCACUUGGAGCCUGAGUAACAUCAACAACCAGCAGGGUGGCAGUGCAUUGCAGGGUGGCAGUGCACUGGUCUUUCUCCACAGUCUCUCACUUCAACACCAUCCACCUCUCCUGCUCAUGUCCCUCUUUUCACCGUUCUCUUGCCUCUGUCCUUCCCUCCCACUUCCCACUCUCUUUCUCCCCCUCGCAGCAUCAACAACCAGCAGGGUGGCAGUGAACUGGUCUAUCUCCACAGUCUCCCAUUUCAACACCAUCCACUUCUCCUGCCACGACCGAGCCAAGCGCGCCGAUGCCGCCCUCAAGCUGCCCAAGCGCGAGUGGGACGGCGCUGCUCUCAGGAACGGUGGCACGCUGUGCAACGCACUCUUCCCCUUACGGGGCCCGCAGGUCUCCCCUGCAGUGUAUGCCCGCGGGCUGGAUUCCUGGUGGGAAAGCGUCUCCUCCCUCAACCACGUGGACGGUUCUCGCUUCCUCGUGCUCCUCCUUACACGCACUUCCCUCCCCACCCCUGCGUUCCCACCCCAACAGGUAUCCCCAGCAGUGUACGCCCGUGGGCUGGAUUCCUGGUGGGAGAGCGUCGCUUCCCUCGGCCAUGUGGACGGUUCGCGCUUCCUCGUCUUACUCCGGGACCUCCGCACGCUCGUCGCCCGCUUCGUGCUCGCAGCCAGCUUCAGCACCGACUGCCACGGGGGCGGGCGCGAGAGCAACGCGCGCUUCCUCCCCUUCCAGCUUCACAUGCUGCUGCACCUCUCAUCCUCCGCCUCGUCUUCCCAGCGACACUCCCUCGACUCCUCCCUAUCUGCCCUGCUCGACCUUGCCUCUCAGUUACAUUCCAGGCUUCCCUCUGCUCUUUCCUCCAUCUUCCCCCGUUCCUCGCCUUCAUCCUGUGAUUCCCCCUCGCGACACCCCCCCUCCUCUUCCUCUCCUUCUAGAUUCUCCCCUCUCCUCCUCCCCGUUGCAAUCAUCCCCUCUUGCCUCCUCCCCAUUACAGUCCUCCCUCCUUCUCUCCUCCUCCCCCUCAGCCUCCACCUCCUCCCCUCGCUCUUCCUCUCCCUCUGCCUCCUCUCUCCACCUCUCUCGCUCCUCACUCUCCACAGCAACUGUCGCGGGCGGGAUGGGCGGCAGUGUGUGCGAUGCCAUGCUGGCAACUGUGCUGACGUGGCCACUGCACAGGUGGCAGCGAUCGCGCCACCUGUUCCUGCUGAUGGCAGUGCAUGA